AUGGUCGCUCACCCCUCGAUGCGGUUGUUCGGGACGCAGUGCCUGAUGAUCACACUGCCUCACUCACCCCGAUCUGAGAUAUCUACUGCAGCCCUCAUCCUCCACAUACAACACCCGAUCUGCCAGUCACCUUCUGUUAACAGCAUCCUGCCCAGGCAGACCAACUAUUACUGGAUAGGGAUCCGUAAGGUGGACGACGUGUGGACCUGGGUGGGGACCAAUAAGACCCUGACUAAAGAGGCAGAAAACUGGGCAGACGGGGAACCCAACAACGGGGGGAACAACGAGGACUGUGUGGAGAUGUACAUCAAGAGAGAGGCGGACACAGGGAAGUGGAACGACGAGUCUUGUAUGAAGAAGAAGACGGCUCUGUGCUUCACAGCCUCGUGUCAGAGCGACUCAUGUUACCAUGGAGAGUGUGUGGAGACCAUCAACAGCCACCACUGUAAAUGCUCUGAGGGCUUCUACGGAGAGCAGUGUGAACACGUUGUUGAAUGUAAAAUGGAGGUCACUGUCCCUGCUAAAGCCAGUGUCAGUUGCUCUCACCCCAAUGGGAAUUUCUCCUUUGACUCGACGUGUCAGUAUUUCUGUGAAGAGGGGUACCGGCUGAGCAGCUCCGGGCCUGUGAGAUGCACAGCCUCAGAAUCAUGGUCAGAACAGCCUCCCACCUGUGAAUUGGUUUUAUGCAGUGAACCUGGGAUGUAUGAACCUGGGAAGGGUUCCAUGGCCUGCUCCCAUCCCCUGGGCUCCUUCAGCUACCUGUCCACCUGUACCUUUACCUGUGAGGAGGGCUAUGAGAGGCUAGCCUCCAGCUCUGCUACCCUGCAGUGUGGAGCCUCGGGACAGUGGAACGACUCACAGCCGCAGUGUAUUGCUGUAAGCUGCCCUACCCUCCAGCAGCCACAGGAUGGCGCUAUCAGCUGUGGAGAAGACUUCACCUAUGGAAGCAGCUGUAACUUUAGCUGCUCUGGGGGUUAUCUCCUCAAGGGGGCGAUCACAGUGACCUGCACAUCAGCUGCUGAUUGGACUGUCCAGUGCCCCUCUCCUGUGGUUCCUCUGGGGGGUCAGGUCAGCUGUGAGGCCCCCUCACAUCCCUGGGGCUCUGUCUGCAACUUCAGCUGUGAUGAGGGUUACGAUCACCAGGGGGCCCCAAACAUGCAGUGUUCACGGUCAGGGGAGUGGAGCGCUGAAACACCUACCUGCACAGCCACACCUGAGCCUCCAUUGAACCCCACUAUCCUAGGCCUGGCAGCAGGGGGCGCUGUGUCAUUAUCUGGCCUGUCUCUGGCUGCAUGGCUCCUCAAACGAAUCAGACAGAAAGCUAACAAGAUUGAUCUGAACAGCACCUCAGACAUUGAGGAACCUUUACAGACCUACAGGAACACAUCACAUUUUAAUCUUACAAUGGACUUCUGCUCUGCAUCACAGCAAACCAGAAGCCCCAGCUCAUGGAUCACCCUCAUCCUCCUGUACUCAAUUGUCACCAUGUGCACUAGAGUAGAGGGCUGGUCCUACCAUCACUCCAACAAAACUAUGAACUGGGACACUGCUAGAAAGUGGUGCACGGAGCACUACACUGACAUGGUGGCCAUCCAGAACCGUGGAGAGAUCUCCCACCUUAACAGCAUCCUGCCCAGGCAGACCAACUAUUACUGGAUAGGGAUCCGUAAGGUGGACGACGUGUGGAUCUGGGUGGGGACCAAUAAGACCCUGACUAAAGAGGCAGAGAACUGGGCAGACGGGGAACCCAACAACAUGGGGAACAACGAGGACUGUGUGGAGAUGUACAUCAAGAGAGAGGCGGACACAGGGAAGUGGAACGACGAGUCUUGUAUGAAGAAGAAGACGGCUCUGUGCUUCACAGCCUCGUGUCAGAGCGACUCAUGUUACCAUGGAGAGUGUGUGGAGACCAUCAACAGCCACCGCUGUAAAUGCUCUGAGGGCUUCUACGGAGAGCAGUGUGAACACGUUGUUGAAUGUAAGAUGGAGGUCACUGUCCCUGCUAAAGCCAGUGUCAGUUGCUCUCACCCCAAUGGGAAUUUCUCCUUUGACUCGACGUGUCAGUAUUUCUGUGAAGAGGGGUACCGGCUGAGUAGCUCCGGGCCUGUGAGAUGCACAGCCUCAGAAUCAUGGUCAGAACAGCCUCCCACCUGUGAAUUGGUCUUAUGCAGUGAGCUGUAUGAACCUGGGAAGGGUUCCAUGGCCUGCUCCCAUCCCCUGGGCUCCUUCAGCUACCUGUCCACCUGUACCUUUACCUGUGAGGAGGGCUAUGAGAGGCUGGCCUCCAGCUCUGCUACCCUGCAGUGUGGUGCCUCGGGACAGUGGAACGACUCACAGUCGCAGUGUAUUGCUGUAAGCUGCCCUACCCUCCAGCAGCCACAGGAUGGCGCUAUCAGCUGUGGAGAAGACUUCACCUAUGGAAGCAGCUGUAACUUUAGCUGCUCUGAGGGUUAUCUCCUCAAGGGGGCGAUCACGGUGACCUGCACAUCAGCUGCUGAGUGGAGUGAGGAGAUACCACACUGUGAAGUGGUCUUAUGCAGUGAGCUGUAUGAACCUGGGAAGGGUUCCAUGGCCUGCUCCCAUCCCCUGGGCUCCUUCAGCUACCUGUCCACCUGUACCUUUACCUGUGAGGAGGGCUAUGAGAGGCUGGCCUCCAGCUCUGCUACCCUGCAGUGUGGUGCCUCGGGACAGUGGAACGACUCACAGCCGCAGUGUAUUGCUGUAAGCUGCCCUACCCUCCAGCAGCCACAGGAUGGCGCUAUCAGCUGUGGAGAAGACUUCACCUAUGGAAGCAGCUGUAACUUUAGCUGCUCUGAGGGUUAUCUCCUCCAGGGGGCGAUCACAGUGACCUGCACAUCAGCUGCUGAGUGGAGUGAGGAGAUACCACACUGUGAAGUGGUCUUAUGCAGUGAGCUGUAUGAACCUGGGAAGGGUUCCAUGGCCUGCUCCCAUCCCCUGGGCUCCUUCAGCUACCUGUCCACCUGUACCUUUACCUGUGAGGAGGGCUAUGAGAGGCUGGCCUCCAGCUCUGCUACCCUGCAGUGUGGAGCCUCGGGACAGUGGAACGACUCACAGCUGCAGUGUAUUGCUGUAAGCUGCCCUACCCUCCAGCAGCCACAGGAUGGCGCUAUCAGCUGUGGAGAAGACUUCACCUAUGGAAGCAGCUGUAACUUUAGCUGCUCUGAGGGUUAUCUCCUCAAGGGGGCGAUCACAGUGACCUGCACAUCAGCUGCUGAGUGGAGUGAGGAGAUACCACACUGUGAAGUGGUCUUAUGCAGUGAGCUGUAUGAACCUGGGAAGGGUUCCAUGGCCUGCUCCCAUCCCCUGGGCUCCUUCAGCUACCUGUCCACCUGUACCUUUACCUGUGAGGAGGGCUAUGAGAGGCUGGCCUCCAGCUCUGCUACCCUGCAGUGUGGAGCCUCGGGACAGUGGAACGACUCACAGCUGCAGUGUAUUGCUGUAAGCUGCCCUACCCUCCAGCAGCCACAGGAUGGCGCUAUCAGCUGUGGAGAAGACUUCAACUAUGGAAGCAGCUGUAACUUUAGCUGCUCUGAGGGUUAUCUCCUCAAGGGGGCGAUCACAGUGACCUGCACAUCAGCUGCUGAGUGGAGUGAGGAGAUACCACACUGUGAAGCUGUCCAGUGCCCCUCUCCUGUGGUUCCUCUGGGGGGUCAGGUCAGCUGUGAGGCCCCCUCACAUCCCUGGGGCUCUGUCUGCAACUUCAGCUGUGAUGAGGGCUACGAUCACCAGGGGGCCCCAAACAUGCAGUGUUCACGGUCAGGGGAGUGGAGCGCUGAAACACCUACCUGCACAGCCACACCUGAGCCUCCAUUGAACCCCACUAUCCUAGGCCUGGCAGCAGGGGGCGCUGUGUCAUUAUUUGUCCUGUCUCUGGCUGCAUGGCUCCUCAAACGAAUCAGACAGAAAGCUAGAUCUGAACAGCAACUACCAUUGAGAAACCUUUAUAGACCUACAGGAACAGCAUCGACAGCCUCAUAUAGAGUCCAACAACAACAGCAGGAACAACAACUGCCUGUAUUUUUAUGACAACUUGUCUGUCUCCCUGUAUCCUCACGACAACCUGUCUGUCUCCCUGUAUCCUCAUGACAGCUUGUCUGUCGCCCUGUAUCCUCAUGAC